UGUAAUAUUUUUCAAAAUUUAUCAACAUUCUCAAUGGACUUGGAUUUGAACAAUAUAGAAGAAGUCAUGGAUCUUUCUUUUGCCUUGAGAUUAUGCAAAAGUUUACGAGUUCUCGAUAUCACUCUACCGGCAUUUGUUUAUAAAGGUUCUAGUGGUUGUGGCUCUAAUGCUUGUGCUAUAUCAAUGUUUUGGGAGAGACAAGAAUUGUGCAACACUAUUAGUCAUAAGUUGAAAUUUGUAUGCAUAAGGGGAUUUAGAGGCAGAGAACAAGAAUUACAAUUUGCAAAAUACCUCAUAACAAGAGCCACAAUGAUGAAGAGGAUCACUUUAAUUUGCAAUGAUUCAAUUGAAGCAGCUGAGAGCUUGUUUUCACUACCUAAAGCUUCCAAUGAUCUCUGCAUCAAUUUGAAGUUCAAUGCUUAACAUCAAAAAUUGCAGUUGAAAUGCUAAUAAAUUAUUAGAUUUUUCUAUUAAGUUAAUGUCAUGCAUGUAAGGAAUAUUAUAUAUGGGUGAUACACUUUGUGUAAUAGAAUUUUAAUGUUGGUGUUUCCCAAUUUGGCUUUAAAAGGCAUACAUGUGACCGGUUGGAA